AUGGAAGACCCAAAGAAAAGCGCAACACCUCUUCCAUUCCGUAUUUUCUAAACAGUGAAAUCCUUCGUAGUGCUAUUAACAGUUUUUGUUGAAGCUAUGUUUAAUUCUAUGCUUUACCCAUUUGUGGCUUAUAUGGUAGCUGAUUUUUUUUAUUGACUUGAUAGAGAUGAUAAAGAGACGGACUCAAUAGUUUCUUUUUAUGCUGGACUUGUCGCAUCUUGCUUUAGUUUAGCUCAGUUUUUAAGUUCGCCUAUAUGGUAUAUGCUAUUUAGGGGUCGCGUUUCAGAUAAAAUAGGAAGAAGACCAGUAUUAUUAAUUGGGAUGAUAGGUAAUGUAGCUACUGCUCCUUUGUUUGGACUUGCCCCAAACUAUACUUGGGCUAUUAUUUUCAGAUCUAUAAGCGGGCUGGUGAACGGGAAUACUGGAGUUGCCAAAGCUUAUGCUACAGAAAUCACUGAUGAUACUAAUUCAGCGAAAUUAUUUAGCUACUUAGGAUUUUCGUGGGGAAUAGGAGUUAUGCUUGGACCAAUACUAGGAGGAGGUUUAUCGAGGAUUUCUGAUAAAAUUCCUAGUAUUUUUUCUCCAGACGGCUUCUGGGGCGAUUAUCCUUAUUUUUUGCCUAUGCUUACAAGCUCAUUUAUCUCACUUAUUGGAUUUAUAAUUGGGUAUUUUGUGUUGACUGAAACUAAUAGGAAGGUGAAAGUCUUAAAAAGCCCUUGGCUUUUAACAAAAAAUUCAAAUUUUUUGACAUGCACCACAAUUUAUGCAGUUUCUGGGCUAUCAUUUUUAAGCUUUCAAGAGGUCUUUCCAUUUUGGUGUAGAGCUUUGAAAGCAAAUGGGGGUCUUGGUUGGGACAGCGAAGGGGAUAUUGGACUGAUUCAGUCUUCUGGAGGAAUUUCAGUCAUUAUAUUUCAACUCUUCAUAGUCCCAGCUGCAAGUAAUGUAUAUGGUAUUUUAAGUGUUUUAAAGACAGCCUGAAUUAUAUGUGUUCCAGUAUUUAUUAUUAUUCCGAAUAUUUAUGAACUUGAUGGAGUUGCUUUAUGACUUACAGUUGUCCCUUUAUAUGUAACUUUUGCCGCAAUCCAAACCUGUGUAUUGACUGCUAUUGGAAUUGGUGUAAAUAAUUCAGUAGAUUCUGAUCUCUUAGGGACUGCUAACGGUUUCGCUCAAAGUGCUGUCAGCUUGCUCAGGUUUAUCGGCCCUGCAAUGGCUGGAUCUAUAUUCGGAUGGUCGCUUAACAACGAUCUCGGCUACCCACUUAACUCUCAUCUGAUAUUCACACUAGUCGCUCUAUUUGGCUUACUUUGUAUCGGCCUCCUCUACACCCUUGACGACUCUAUCAACAAAAGAAAGCAGCUUUCCUCUGUUCUGCUUCCUCUAAUAGAUAAAGAUAAACCUAGCUAA